AUUAUUAUUUACAACUUUUUCCCCCCCUUACCUCCCCCUUUCCCCCUGCAGGCUCUCCCCCUGCCCUAAUUCCCCCUGCCCGUCCCUCCCCAUCCCGCUGGGGCUCAGCAGCGCACUCGGGGGGCUCAUCCCUGUGGGUUUUGGGGCCGUGAUCCUUAGCAGAAUUUGAUGUUUUACCCCAAAAAUGGCCCUACAGGUGUGCUUUGUGCUCCCAGCCAGGCUGAAUGGACUCGGGCAUUUGCCCUCUUGGUUUUGUUGGGGACACCACAGCUUUGGGGUCACCCACACCACUGUUUCUCAUCCUUACAAGCUGUGGGAUUGCUUUUACGGUGUCUGAAUGCUGGGGGAAUGGGUGAAAGAGAAGGCGUUCGUCUUUUUUUUGUGUGUUUGUGGCCAAACUGGGAGCAAGAGGCUUUCCCUCGAGGGGCACGAGGGAGCGCCUGCUGCUCGUGGUGCUGCUGGGAGGGCCGGGAUCUCCCCCGACUCUUCCUUUAGGGUUUCAAACAGCUCGGUCACCUCUGGCAGGGCUCAAGCCCGGAAGAUCUCAGCUUCGUGGGUGAAAAUCGAGACAAAAACGAGUGCAGGAGCUCGGGGUGAGCACUGGGGCAGCCCCGUAGCACGAAUCCUGCUUCAGCUCCAACUUCUGCAGCCGUGUGCGUAGCGAAGAUGCCUGCCUGUGGGUGCUGUUUGGAAGCAGUGAUCUUCUCCAAACACUUCAAGUUCCUCUUCUUCCUCCUGGCACAAUUAUUUCCCUCCUGCAGGAGGCCACGAGGGGAGCCUCUAUUGAUGGAAGAACACGGGGUGACCCAAACAGAACACAUGGCCACCAUCGAGGCCCACGCAGUGGCCCAGCAGGUGCAGCAGGUCCACGUGGCCACCUACACGGAGCACAGCAUGCUGAGCGCGGACGAGGACUCGCCCUCUUCCCCCGAGGACACCUCCUACGAUGACUCUGACAUCCUCAACUCCACGGCUGCCGACGAGGUCACGGCUCACCUGGCUGCAGCAGGCCCCGUGGGGAUGGCAGCGGCCGCUGCGGUGGCGACGGGUAAGAAACGAAAGCGACCCCACGUUUUUGAAUCCAACCCCUCGAUCCGCAAGAGGCAGCAGACGCGUUUGCUACGGAAGCUCCGGGCAACGCUGGACGAGUACACCACCAGAGUGGGGCAGCAGGCCAUCGUUCUGUGCAUCUCACCCUCCAAACCCAACCCCGUCUUUAAAGUAUUUGGAGCUGCACCCUUAGAAAAUGUGGUCCGCAAGUACAAGAGCAUGAUUCUGGAAGACCUGGAGUCUGCGCUAGCCGAGCAUGCUCCCGCGCCUCAGGAGGUUAACUCAGAGCUGCCACCCCUCACCAUCGACGGCAUUCCUGUCUCAGUGGACAAGAUGACCCAGGCACAGCUGCGAGCUUUCAUCCCGGAGAUGCUGAAAUACUCCACGGGUCGCGGCAAGCCGGGCUGGGGCAAGGAGAGCUGCAAGCCCAUCUGGUGGCCUGAGGACAUCCCGUGGGCCAACGUCCGCAGCGACGUCCGCACGGAGGAACAGAAGCAGAGGGUGUCGUGGACCCAGGCGUUGCGGACUAUCGUGAAGAACUGCUACAAGCAGCACGGCCGUGAGGACCUGCUCUACGCCUUCGAGGACCAGCAGACGCAGCAGCAGACCACGACCACGCACAGCAUCGCGCACCUGGUGCCCUCACAGACAGUGGUACAAACCUUCAGCAACCCCGAUGGCACCGUGUCCCUCAUCCAGGUUGGCACCGGUGCUACAGUUGCCACGCUGGCUGAUGCCUCCGAGUUGCCUACCACGGUCACCGUCGCACAAGUCAAUUACUCCGCAGUGACUGACGGAGAGGUGGAGCAGAACUGGGCAACGCUACAGGGGGGCGAGAUGACCAUCCAGACGACGCAGGCAUCGGAGGCCACGCAGGCAGUGGCAUCGUUAGCAGAAGCAGCAGUGGCAGCAUCUCAGGAGAUGCAGCAAGGAGCGACUGUUACCAUGGCACUCAACAGUGAAGCAGCAGCCCACGCGGUAGCCACACUUGCUGAAGCCACUCUCCAAGGUGGAGGGCAGAUCGUCCUAUCUGGUGAAACCGCCGCGGCAGUCGGAGCGCUCACCGGAGUCCAAGAUGCCAAUGGCAUCCUAGCAGCAGACUGUUCAGGUUGCAAGUGGAGCCUAGCAGAGAGUUUUUCAGCAAAGCCAGCCGAUCAAGGAAGCUUAGAAGGGUUAUUCGUUAAGCUUUCGUCUGUGGAGCACGGUAAAAAAAGCUUUCAUUAUACAG